AUGGCCGCCUCCACCCUGUCCAUCUGCUCCAGUGACCUGAGCUAUGGCAACCAUGUCUGCCUGCCCAGUUCCACUGACUCUUGCACUGAGUCCUGCCAGGUGGAUGACUGUCCAGAGAGCUGCUGUGAGCCCUCCUGCUGCAUCCCCAGCUGCUGUCAGCCUUCCUGCUGUGUCCCCAGCUGCUGCCAGUCCACCUGCUGUGUCCCCAGCUGCUGUGCCCCAGCCCCCUGCCAGACACUCAUCUGUACCCCAGUGAGCUGUGUGUCCAGUCCCUGCUGCCAGGCAACCUGCGGGCCCAGCCCCUGCCAAUCAGCCUGCACCAUCUCCUGCACACCCUUGUGCUGCCAGCAGUCUAGCUGCCAGCCCUCCUGCUGCACCUCCUCCCUCUGCCAGCAGGCCUGCUGUGUCCCUCUCUGUUGCAAGCCUGUCUGCUGCACACCUGUCUGCUGCACACCUGUCUGUUGCACCCCCUGCCCCUCAUCCUGCUGCAGACCCUCCUCCUGCGUGUCCGUCAUCUGCCGCCCUGUGUGCAGACCCGCCUGCUGUGUGCCUGUCUCCUCCUGCUGUGCCCCCUCCUCCUCCUGCUGCCAGCCCAGCUGCUGCCGCCCAGCCUCCUGCGUGUCCCUCAUCUGCCGCCCUGUGUGCUCCCGCCUGGCCUGCCCUCACCUCCAGCCCCACCGCCCCACCAUGGCCGCCUCCACCCUGUCCAUCUGCUCCAGCGACCUGAGCUAUGGCAACCGCGUCUGCCUGCCUGGUUCCGGUGACUCUUGCACCGACUCCUGCCAGGCGGAUGACUGUCCAGAGAGCUGCUGCCAGCCCUCCUGCUGUGUCCCCAGCUGCUGCCAGCCCUCCUGCUGUGUCCCCAGCUGCUGUCAGCCUUCCUGCUGUGUCCCCAGCUGCUGCCAGUCCACCUGCUGUGUCCCCAGCUGCUGUGCCCCAGUCCCCUGCCAGACACUCAUCUGUACCCCAGUGAGCUGUGUGUCCAGCCCCUGCUGCCAGGCAAGCUGCGGGCCCAGCCCCUGCCAAUCAGCCUGCACCAUCUCCUGCACACCCUUGUGCUGCCAGCAGUCUAGCUGCCAGCCCUCCUGCUGCACCUCCUCCCCCUGCCAGCAGGCCUGCUGUGUCCCUCUCUGUUGCAAGCCUGUCUGCUGCACACCUGUCUGCUGCACACCUGUCUGCUGCAAGCCCGUCUGCUGCACCCCCUGCGCCUCAUCCUGCUGCAAACCCUCCUCCUGCAUGUCCGUCAUCUGCCGCCCUGUGUGCAGACCCUCCUGCUGUGUGCCUGUCUCCUCCUGCUGUGCCCCCACCUCCUCCUGCUGCCGGCCCAGCUGCUGCCGCCCGGCCUCCUGCGUGUCCCUCAUCUGCCGCCCCGUGUGCUCCCGCCCGGUCUGCUGUGUCCCUGCCUCGGCCCAGAAGUCCUGCUGCUGACCAGGCAUGUCUCCCAGGGCCAGCUGGGUUCAGGUCACAUCUUGUGACUGUGGUCCUUCCAGCCACCCCUCAGUCUA